AAGCCAAAUAGAUUUAGCAUCUACGUGUGUUCAAGUUUCGACAUGGUGCGACACUGUUGUUCUAUUGCUAAGCUACAGCAAGUACUCGAUGCUUCAGCAUAGCUUAUUGUGUAACUGAUUCCUCCAGCAAAGGGCUACAAGCUUCUACCUGAGGGCCACGAUGGUUGACGUCCUGAACCGCGAUCCCAACAACAUCAACGACCAUGUUAAGGUUGAGUUCGAAGACAUCCUUGCUGAGCCAGACGGAGCUCAUAGCUUCGAUUGUGUAUGGACUGCCUCCAGUCUCUGCUUCAACUGCUGUAAAGGAUUCCUGUACAAGCUCCUGACACUGUUGUGUGGCAUCUGUAUUGCUAUGCAGUGGGGCUGUGAGUUUGCCGUCAUCGCCUUCAAUCACAUCUGGAUCAUCACGCCCUGCUUCAAGGUACUGGAGCUCAACUGUGGCUGCCUGAAGAAGCUAUACGGCAUGUGUGUGCACUGUGCUCUGGACCCCUGGUGCGAGUCUUGCGGCCUUUUCUUCACGGCUUUUAGGAAAUAAGACCAGAAAUAUUCACCAGUGUUGCUAUUCAUGCUGUUAAUGAAGACAUAUUUGAUAGGACAUAAUUGAUAACGAAUUGUGCCUUGUGAUAUAUCUCAGAGGGAAGUCGUAUUGUGAGACGUUUACACAUUAUAGAUAAAGCUAAACUCAUAUAGCAUAUGUAAAUUUAUGCUUUUAAAUCGUCCUUAUUUUUCUUUACUUCGACUGAUGUACAUUUACAUUUAAUUGUAUUUUUUAAAUAAAGAUUACGUUGGAAUAUA